AAUCGGUAGCUCUACCAGCAGGAAUAGUUAUUUCGUCAUCUUUGAAUUCUCAUCAACUAGCAUCAUGCUACGUAAGGUCUUUGCUGUUGUCUCGGUACUCCUGGUAGUAAGUGCAGCCAAGGUGACAAAACUGGUGCUGGACGACCACUACGUCAACCGAGUGGUUGGAGGAGAGGUAGCGAAGAACGGUUCGGCCCCGUACCAGGUAUCGCUGCAGGUUCCCGGCUGGGGUCACAACUGUGGAGGAUCGCUGCUUAACAAUCGAUGGGUACUAACGGCAGCACACUGUCUGGUCGGCUAUGAGCCCAGUGAUUUGAUGGUACUCGUCGGCACAAACAGUCUCAAGGAGGGAGGCGAACUUCUGAAGGUUGACAAGCUGCUGUACCACAGCCGUUACAAUCGUCCCCAGUUCCACAAUGACAUCGGAUUGAUGCGGCUGGAGCAACCGGUACAGUUCUCGGAGCUUGUGCAGAGCGUGGAGUACCUGGAGAAGGCGGUACCGGUCAAUGCGACGGUGCGAUUGACGGGCUGGGGUCGUACCAGCACUAAUGGGAAUGUUCCCACGCUACUCCAGAGCCUGAACGUUGUAACGCUGUCGAAUGAAGACUGUAAGGCAAAGAUGGGCAAUCCGGAGAAUGUCGACCUGGGACACGUUUGCACACUAACUAAGGCUGGCGAGGGAGCGUGCAAUGGUGAUUCCGGUGGCCCACUGGUGUACGAGGGAAAGCUGGUCGGUGUGGUGAACUUUGGCGUUCCGUGCGGUCGCGGAUUCCCGGAUGGGUUCGCACGUGUCUCCUACUACCAUGAGUGGGUUCGCACAACGAUGGCUAACAACUCGCCGUUCACCGACGGUGUACCAAACAGAACCAAUUCUCCCAAUAGCAUCAUGCUACGAAAGGUCUUUGCUGUUGUCUCGGUACUCCUGGUAGUAAGUGCAGCCAAGGUGACAAAACUGGUGCUGGAUGACAACUACGUCAACCGAGUAGUUGGUGGAGAGGUAGCGAAGAACGGUUCGGCCCCGUACCAGGUAUCGCUGCAGGUUCCCGGCUGGGGUCACAACUGUGGAGGAUCGCUGCUUAACAAUCGAUGGGUACUAACGGCAGCACACUGUCUGGUCGGCUAUGAGCCCAGUGAUUUGAUGGUACUCGUCGGCACAAACAGUCUCAAGGAGGGAGGCGAACUUCUGAAGGUUGACAAGCUGCUGUACCACAGCCGUUACAAUCUUCCCCGGUUCCAUAAUGACAUUGGUUUGGUGCGACUAGAGCAACCGGUACGGUUCUCGGAGCUUGUGCAGAGCGUGGAGUACUCGGAAAAGGCGGUUCCGGCCAAUGCGACGGUACGGCUGACGGGCUGGGGUCAUACUAGUGCAAACGGACCAUCACCAACGCUACUCCAGAGCCUGAACGUUGUAACGCUGUCCAACGAGGAUUGCAAUAAGAAGGGAGGCGAUCCAGGCUAUACGGAUGUUGGACAUCUUUGCACACUGACUAAAACAGGCGAGGGAGCGUGCAAUGGUGACUCUGGUGGCCCACUGGUGUACGAGGGAAAGCUGGUCGGAGUGGUGAACUUUGGCGUUCCCUGUGCUUUAGGAUAUCCGGACGGUUUUGCCCGUGUCUCGUACUAUCAUGAUUGGGUUCGCACAACGAUGGCUAACAAUUCAAAGAUUAAUGCAGAGCUGAGCAGCUUCGUGCAGAAGAAAUCGUUCGCCCAGAACAUGAUGGACAUUGCCCUGCUGUCGGCAAACACGAAUCAGCUGCGGUACGUAAUCGAUCUGGGGGACAAGCAUCCAUACUACAUGACCAGUCUGAUGCUGAUCAUCGUCAGUCUCGUGAUGCAGGUAGUCGUUGGCCUAUCGAUGCUGUACGUGAAUAGAUACAACAUGAAGAACAGAAGUGAGAUAAAGGCAGCCUCGCACAUGAACAAUCUUUCCGUGGCGGGUGUGUUUAUGGUAACGCUGGUCAACGUGUUCAUAUCUACCUUCAACGGUGCAGGAUGUGUUUUUCCUUCCCGAGAAUCGUCAAAUAGCAUCAUGCUAAGGAAAGCGUUCAUUCUUGUGUCGGCAUGUUUGGUAGUGAGUGCAGCUAAACUACCGAAACUGGUGCUAGACGACGGCUACCGAGUAGUUGGAGGAGAGGUGGCGAAAAAUGGAUCAGCACCCUAUCAAGUGUCGCUGCAGAUACCCGGUCACGGUCAUAACUGUGGCGGUUCUCUGCUGAACAGCCGUUGGGUACUGACGGCAGCACACUGUAUUGUUGGUCAUGAACCGACCAACAUUCAAGUGCUUGUCGGUACAAACAGUUUGAAGGAGGGCGGCCAGCUAUACAAACCGGACAAAUUGUUCCACCACAACUACGCUAGUCCCGAGUUCCGCAACGAUAUCGGUUUGAUACGUCUGAAGGAGGAGGUACAGUUUUCGGAGAUAGUGCAAAGCAUCGAAUACUCGGAACAGGUUGUCCCGGCAAACGUUACCGUACGGUUGACCGGCUGGGGACGCACCAGUGCUGGCGGAAGUGUGCCAACACUGCUACAGAGCCUGAACGUGGUGACGCUCACGAACGAAGACUGCAAGGCCAAGAGCCUUUAUCCCGAACAUGUCGACGUGGGGCACCUUUGCACGCUGAGCCGGUCUGGCGAGGGCGCCUGCAAUGGUGACUCCGGUGGUCCGUUAGUGUACGAGGGAAAGUUGGUCGGAGUGGUGAACUUUGGCGUUCCGUGCGGGCUCGGAUAUCCGGAUGGGUUUGCGCGCGUCUCCUACUACCACGAUUGGAUUCGCACAACGAUGGCCAACGAUUCGUAACGGAUUUGCAGUCACGUGGUUUGAAGUGGUGUUCUGUUGAAUUCACCACGGCCACAGUAGUGUGCAUUGCAUAGUACCAGGCGCUUAUAGUUUUACUGGCGUGCACGAGAAACGUUGUACCUCAAAGUGUUUGGUACUGUAUGCGUAAGUGUGGAACUUCUUCAAUGUUUGGUGUAAAGGAAAAGGGAUUUAGUACUGUAAAUAAACUCAGUUUUUGCUAAACUUAA